UUUCCAGUUGAAGAACAAACCAAAUACUCUCUUCUCUUCCCUUUCCUUUAAACUCUCAUAAUCCCUCCAAACACAAUUAUUAUCCCAUUUCCCUUCUCUCUCCAUCUUCCUACACUCAAACAAACAAGUACCCAUAUCUCAAUCCCCACAAUUCCCACUAAAUACUAAUCACAUUCUCUCCAAUUCUCUCUCUAUAACAGACCAACAAACAAAAUCAACAAUGGAAACAUCUUCACCAUUAUCCCAUUUACAAUCUCAAAUACCCAUUUCUUCUCCUUCCCCAAACCCCCAUAAACUCCCCACCAAAAGAAGCUUAUUCACUUCAUUAAUGGAAUCCACUACCCUUCGUUCUCCUUCCUUUAAAGAAGACACUUAUCUUCUCUCUAAUCUCAAACCCUCUGAAAAAUCUUCCUUAUCCGAACUCAAAUCCAAGCUCUCUUCCUCUCAUUCCACCCAAAACCCAUCUAUUUGGGGCAUCCCUCUUCUCUCCGACGACGAAAAAUCCGAUGUUAUCCUCCUUAAAUUCCUCAGAGCUCGAGAUUUCAAGGUUUCUGAAGCUUACACCAUGCUUGAAAAGUCGCUUUCAUGGCGGAAAGAGUUUGAAGCAGAUGGGAUUUUGGAGGAAGAACUUGGGUUUAAAGAAUUAGAAGGAUUAGUAGCGUAUAUGCAUGGGUUUGAUAGAGAAGGGCACCCUGUUUGUUAUAAUGCUUAUGGGGUUUUUAAGGAUAAGGAAAUGUAUGAUAAGAUAUUUGGAGAUGAUGAAAAACUUAAAAAGUUUUUGAGAUGGAGAGUUCAAGUUCUUGAAAGAGGGAUUCAAUUACUGCAUUUUAAACCGGGUGGUGUUAAUUCUAUUAUUCAAGUUACUGAUCUUAAAGAUAUGCCUAAAAGAGAACUUAGAGUUGCUUCUAAUCAGAUUCUCUCCCUUUUUCAAGAUAAUUAUCCUGAAAUGGUUGCUCGCAAGAUCUUUAUCAAUGUGCCAUGGUAUUUCAGCUUGGUAUACUCAAUAUUCAGUCCAUUUUUGACUCAAAGAACCAAGAGCAAAUUUGUAAUUGCCAAAGAAAGUAAUGUUGCUGAAACUCUCUACAAGUUCAUAAGUCCAGAGGAUGUACCGGUUCAAUAUGGGGGACUAAGCCGACCCGGAGAUCUCCAAAACGGGCCAGCUAAACCGGCAUCAGAGUUCACUGUGAAAGGAGGUGAAAAGGUUAAUAUUCAGAUUGAGGGUAUUGAGGCGGGUGCAACCAUUGUAUGGGACUUGGUGGUGGGAGGUUGGGACUUGGAAUACAGUGCAGAGUUCAUCCCAAACGCCAAAGAUAGUUACGUCCUUGCAGUGGAGAAGCCAAAAAAGCUCGGCCCCUCAGACGAAGCUGUCCACAACUCGUUCUUGGCAAGAGAACCCGGCAAACUCGUAUUGUCUGUGGACAACACCGCAUCCCGGAAGAGGAAGGUGGCUGCCUAUCGUUAUGUUGUUCGCAAAUCUACUACACCAGUAUGAUCUGAUCUAAUCUGAUUUGAUGUGGUCUAUCGUGUGAAGUAACUACUAAAGUAUCGUAGAAUAUUUAGGUUUUGAUUUAGUUUUUUUUGCUUGUUUGAGGUUUAUUAUAUAGUAUUAAUAUUAAUAUUAUUAACUAAUACUAUUUGUCUGCUCAUAAAAUUUAACUAAAUAUGGUUUUGUAUGGCUAUGAUUCUGACGAUGAAUCUAUAAAAUGCAAGUAAUAGUUAGCUAUGAA